AUGACUAAAGACACAGACCAGUACUAUAGACCUGUGACUAAAGACACAGACCAAGCCAAAGACACAGAGAAACAGGCUCAGAGAAACAGGCUCAGAGCCAAAGACACAGAGAAACAGGCUCAGAGAAACAGGCUCAGAGCCAAAGACACAGAGAAACAGGCUCAGAGAAACAGGCUCAGAGCCAAAGACACAGAGAAACAGGCUCAGAGAAACAGGCUCAGAGCCAAAGACACAGAGAAACAGGCUCAGAGAAACAGGCUCAGAGAAACAGGCUCAGAGAAACAAGCUCAGAGAAACAGGCUCAGAGCCAAAGACACAGAGAAACAGGCUCAGAGAAACAGGCUCAGAGAAACAGGCUCAGAGCCAAAGACACAGAGAAACAGGCUCAGAGAAACAGGCUCAGAGCCAAAGACACAGAGAAACAGGCUCAGAGCCAAAGACACAGAGAAACAGGCUCAGAGCCAAAGACACAGAGAAACAGGCUCAGAGCCAAAGACACAGAGAAACAGGCUCAGAGAAACAGGCUCAGAGAAACAGGCUCAGAGAAACAGGCUCAGAGCCAAAGACACUGUUCGUGGCCACUGGACUCCAUAA